AAGCGGCGGCGCGGCGGCCGUGGCGCGGCGCAGCAGCCGGAGCGAUGCCGGGCCAGAAGUCUUUCCGCCGGCGCAGGGAGGACGAGGAGGAGGAAGAGGAGGACGAGCAGCUCGCCGAGGAGGUCAGGUUAAAACUUGAGGAAGCCAAAGAAGUUCAGAGCCUUAGAAAGCGGCCCAAUGGCGUGAGUGCUGUAGCUCUGCUGGUGGGAGAGAAGUUGCAAGAAGAAGCCACACUUGUGGAUGACCCAUUCAAGAUAAAAUCUGGGGGAAUGGUGGACAUGAAGAAGCUGAAAGAAAGAGGCAAGGAUAGGAUUAAUGAAGAGGAAGAUCUGAACUUGGGAACUUCCUUCUCAGCAGAAACCAACAGGCGGGAUGAAGAUGCUGACAUGAUGAAAUACAUUGAGACUGAGCUGAAGAAGAGAAAGGGAAUUGUGGAAAACGAGGAGCAGAAGGUGAAGCUUAAGAAUGCUGAGGACUCCCUGUACGAGCUGCCGGAGAACAUUCGUGUCUCCUCUGCCAAGAAGACUGAGGAGAUGUUGUCCAACCAGAUGCUGAGUGGCAUUCCUGAAGUGGACCUGGGAAUCGAUGCAAAAAUAAAAAACAUCAUCUCAACUGAAGAGGCCAAGGCCAAGCUGCUGGCAGAGCAGCAGAACAAGAAGAAGGACAGUGAAACUUCUUUUGUUCCCACCAACAUGGCUGUUAAUUAUGUCCAGCACAACAGAUUUUAUCAUGAGGAGCUGAAUGCACCAGUACGAAGGAACAAGGAGGAGCCAAAGCCCCGUCCACUGAGAGUGGGGGACACGGAGAGGCCAGAACCUGAGCGGUCUCCUCCAAAUCGCAAACGUCCCCUUAAUGAAAAAGCCACAGAUGAUUAUCACUAUGAAAAAUUCAAGAAGAUGAACAGGCGAUACUGAUGAAUGUGAAUUGAAGCCUUUGGAGUUGUUCCUAUUUUCCACCAAUAAAGGAUUUUGUGUCAGUGACCUGCGAUGGAUGUUGGGAAGAGCCACUACCUUCAGAUGCUGAUGUUACCUGUGAAGCUUUUCCUGUGUGAUCUUGUAGUGAAUCAGUUUGCAGGUGAUUGUGAACUCUUUGGUUGGUGUAACUUUGUAUAUAAAUAUGUUCUUGUAAAUGAAGUUUUAUAACGGAAAAUGAGCUUUCAUGGUUGGCAUUUUUAAGUGAGAAAACAAAUUGGCUUUUAUAGAUUUUUCUUUUCACCAUCUUAAUUACUAAAGAGAUCCUUUAAAAGCAGCAGUGCUGUUCGCUUUGUAAAUGUAAAGCUUUUGGGAGCUUGUCUUCUUGUCCACAUGUCUUCCCCAGAAGAGCAGUGUGGAUACCUGUAGUGAAGAUUUGUAAUUUGAAAACAGUAAAAGUGUUUUUUAAGUUAUUGUA